AUGACCUUUACCAUUCCCCGGGCCAACAGUCCCCGGGCCAACCCCGGCCGGCCGCCUCGCCGCGCCGUCCUCCGGACCCUGGCCCCGGGCCCUGCGCGCUCUGCCCCAACCCCGGCUCGGCGCCCCGGACGGCGGCCCCCUCCUUCGGGCGGCGGGGUGGCCCUGCCCCGCCGAGCUUCCCGGGAUGCGGGCCCCCGGCGCGGGCACCCGCCGAGCCCCAGGUCGCUGAGGGGCCGGGCGAGGCGCGGAGAUGGGGAAUGUCCUGCCCCGCUGCUUCUGCUGUCCUUGCUGCUGCUCUCUCUGGGCCUCCCAGUCCUGGGCGCCCCCCCACGCCUCAUCUGUGACAGCCGAGUCCUGGAGAGGUACAUCCUGGAGGCCAGGGAGGCCGAAAAUGCCACGAUGGGCUGUGCUGAAGGCUGCAGCUUCAGUGAGAACAUCACUGUCCCAGACACCAAGGUUAACUUCCAUGCCUGGAAGAGGAUGGAGGUCCAGCAGCAGGCUGUGGAAGUCUGGCAGGGCCUGGCCCUGCUCUCAGAAGCCAUCCUGCAGGGCCAGGCCCUGUUGGCCAACUCGUCCCAGCCAUCCGAGGCCCUGCAGCUGCACGUGGACAAAGCUGUCAGCGGCCUGCGAAGCCUCACCUCCCUGCUUCGGGCGCUGGGAGCCCAGAAGGAAGCCGUCCCCCUUCCAGACGCAGCCUCCUCUGCAGCCCCCCUCCGAACAUUCACUAUUGAUACUUUGUGCAAACUUUUCCGAAUCUACUCCAAUUUCCUGCGGGGAAAGCUGACGCUGUACACAGGGGAGGCCUGCAGGAGAGGGGACAGGUGACCCGGUGCUCCCACCCCGGGCACGUCCACCACCUCGCUCACCACCACUGCCUGUGCCAUGCCUUCUGCACCUCCACUCCCAACCCCUGUCGAUGGGCCAUCAGCUCAGCGCCAGACUGUCCCACGGACACUCCAGGGCCAGCGGUGAUAUCUCAGGGGCUAGAGGAACUGUUCAGAGCUCAACUCAGAUCUAAGAAUGUCACAGGGCCAGCCUGAGUCUCCAAAGCAGGAGGAAUUCAGAGAGUUCAACUUAAACUUGGGGACAGCGCCAUGCAGGGGAGACACUGAAACUCAUCUCAGUGCCCUGCAGA